UCGAUGAACGACCGGGCGAGCAGCGCCGACAACAGCAGCAACGAUCCUCUGUUGGGGUGUUUUGCUAAUCAGUUUAACUACCAACUUGCAAACAAAAUGCCCGAAUUACAGACACCAAGGCCCAGGAUUCAAGCAGUAAACACCAGUUCUAGUGAUGGAUUGGAGGUGUUCAAGGCACAUGCUGUGUUUCAGGAGAUAAACAAGAAGCUUCAGGAGGAGGGGGAGCAAUUUGUGAAGAAGAUUGGAGGAGUAUUUGCCUUCAAGGUUAAGGAUGGGCCAAAUGGACAGGAAGCCACCUGGAUUGUGGAUGUGAAGAAUGGAAAGGGUUGUGUUCACAAUGAUACAGAUAAGAAGGCAGAUUGUACCAUUUCUAUGUCAGAUGCAGAUUUGUUGGCCCUGAUGACUGGGAAGAUGAACCCACAGACAGCAUUUUUCCAGGGGAAACUGAAGAUCACAGGGAACAUGGGACUGGCCAUGAAGCUUCAGAACCUGCAGCUGCAGCCGGGCAAGGCCAAGCUAUAGAUGAGAGAUAGGCUUUACCGUAAGAAGAGGUUGUCUCUAUGUACGAAACAGGGAUUCUAAGUUCCUACACUGCAGAGUUGGAAUUAUAAGACUAUAAUUCUAUAACUAUAAGAUAGAUCCACAGUUUCAGAUAGGUGUUUGGCUGCUUUACACCAAACCCCUCUUCAUCAAUCCAUAUUGUGGCAAGAAAGAGGGCUUUGCCAUCCUGGGGAGGCAGUUAACACUACUAAUAUGACUGUGGGAAGCAGGAUAGAUGGAUGGAUAAACACUUCUCUUCUCAAGUACUCCUCUCUUGCAAUUUCUUAUAAUCAUGAGAUGCACUAGAGCAGAGAAGGGUGUUUCCUUUUUUUUUAUCCUAAAUCUGUGAUUUGUUAUGACCCCAACAAUAUCUUUGAAUUGUUCUUAAUAUGCCCAUGUGAUUAUAUUUUGACCGUUCUAAAUAUAGCAGAUUUCCCAGUGUCCACUGCAAAAGUCUAUGCCUGGUGAAUCAUGUCUUUUAUGGUUUUAACGUACAGGUUGUCAGCAGCCAUUUUCCACAAUCAUGUAGAUGAUAAAAUAGUGCCAGUCAAGUGCCUCGUCUCAGAUUUGCAGAUUUCUCCAUUAUGAGCCAAGGAACCACAUCGUUGUGGAUACGUCUUCAUUGUGACCUUUGAUAAGUGGAUGGGACUUGUUGUGCCAUCAAUGUGGUAAUUCUAAAAAUAUUCUAAAUAAACUUUUUUUUUUUUGUUAUACAUUCUGGUUGAAUUGAUAUGGAAUUUUUUUUUUUAACAGUGCGACUGUUUACUGUUAACCAGGGACCAUUCCAGAACUUUGUCACAACAUCUGGCAUUGUUUUGUAUUUCUAAUAUUUGAAAAAAUAACCCAAUAAAGAAAUAAAACAAA